UUGAAGCGUCUCAACACGGCCGCUUUUAAAUCUCUCGCUCGCUCGCUCUCUCUCACCCCCUGCUCCCUCCCUCCCCUUCCUCCUCUUGCUACCUGAUUCAGAUCCGCUCCGACGCUAUGCGUAUGACCGCUCUCUCUGCAAGGCGAGCACCACCGGAGAGACCCGCACGCCGCCGCUGCUUCUCCUCCUCCUCCACCACCACCUCCUCCUCCUGCUGCUCCUCCUGCCGCUGCUGACCGCCGGCCGCCCGCGCAGCAGCACCCCGACGCCGGCUGGCGAGCCACCCAGACAGGGUAACCGGAGCGGGGCAGAAACAGCGCACCUGAUCAAGCUCCGCUGGAGGAGAAAUCAAGCAGCGAAGAGUUGGCCCUGGAUAGAGUUCGGCAGGAGCGUGGCGUCCCAGAUCCUGCUGCUGCCGCUGCUGUCCCGUUCCUCAUCAUCUCUCUUCUCAGCCCGGCUUUCACCUGCCAAACUCCACCCUUCUUCCCUUCCUCCUCUCCUCUCUCAUCCCCCCACCCCUCCACAUCUUCUGCAACUUUUCACCCAUCUCUCUCACCCCUUUCACACCCGUGUCUCUGUUUCUUCUUUGUUAUCCUCGCCCUCCUACUCCUUCUCCUCUCCUUUCUCUGUAAAUUCGUGAUGGCGUCCAAACUGAACCCCAACGUCCUGUACGUGGCGGGGGCUGGAGAGUCGCUGGGAUCACCGCAAGACUCUGAAAGGACUCAUAUUCCCGGUGAAGCAGGUGAAGAGUCAUCAGACAGCGAUGGAGAACAAGAAGAGACGUCACACAAGCUGAUCCGCAAAGUUUCGACCUCGGGACAGAUAAGGGCCAAGAUAUUUCAUGCUGAUUUGAACACCUUAGACGCCACUAUGCAUCACCAUCCAAAAAGUGUGAAGGAGGGAAUCCUGUUAAAGCAAACAAGCUCCUUCCAGAGGUGGAAGAGGAGGUACUUCAAACUCAGAGGGAGGACCCUCUACUAUGCCAAAGACUGCAAGUCCCUAAUUUUUGAUGAAGUGGACCUAUCAGAUGCCAGUGUGGCUGAGACCAGCACCAAGAACAUCAACAACAGUUUCACAGUGAUCACUCCAUUUCGCAAACUAAUGUUAUGCGCUGAAAGCAGGAAGGAAAUGGAGGACUGGAUCACGGCGCUGAAAUCCGUCCAAAAGUGGGAAACCUACGAGGCCAGUCAGUUUAAUAUGGAGCAUUUCUCCGGGAUGCACAACUGGUACGCCUGCUCGCACGCCAGACCGACCUUCUGCAACGUUUGCAGAGAGGCGCUGCCAGGUGUCACCUCCCACGGCCUGUCCUGUGAAGUUUGUAAGUUCAAGGCUCACAAGAGAUGUGCUGUUCGCUCCACCAACAACUGCAAGUGGACCACGCUAGCCUCCAUAGGAAAUGACAUCAUUGAGGAUGAGGAUGGGGUGUCCAUGCCCCACCAGUGGCUGGAAGGCAAUCUGCCCGUCAGCGCCAAAUGUGUGGUGUGUGAUAAGAACUGUGGCAGCGUGAGGCGACUGCAGGACUGGCGCUGCCUCUGGUGCAAGGCUAUCGUCCAUAACAGCUGUAAGGAACAAAUGGGGAAGGUGUGUCCCUUGGGCCAAUGUCGAGUGUCCAUCAUCCCUCCAACUGCACUUAACAGCAUCGACUCAGACGGCUUCUGGAAGGCCACCUCGGCGUCCUGCUCCAGCCCUCUUUUGGUCUUGGUCAACUCCAAAAGCGGGGACAACCAGGGGGUCAAGUUCCUCCGCAAGUUCAAGCAGCUUCUGAACCCAGCGCAGGUCUUUGACUUGAUGAAUGGAGGGCCAGAGCUCGGCCUGCGCCUCUUCCAGAAGUUUGUGACAUUUCGUAUUCUUGUGUGCGGAGGAGAUGGCAGCGUGGGCUGGGUGCUCUCAGAGCUGGAUAAACUCAACCUCCAUAAACAGUGUCAGCUGGGCGUGCUGCCUCUGGGCACAGGUAACGACCUGGCUCGCGUUCUGGGCUGGGGCGGCCUCUGCGACGAUGACGCUCAGCUCCUACAGAUCCUGGAGAAGCUGGAGAGAGCCACCACCAAAAUGCUGGAUCGAUGGAGCGUGAUGACAUACGAGGUGCCCACCACCAAUAAACAGACGCCGAUAGUGAAGGAAGAGGACUGCCUCGAUUCUCCUCUACAGGUUCACAUCACUCAGUAUGCAGACUCCGUGGCCUCCCACCUCGCCAAGAUCCUGGACUCGGACAAACACAGUGAUGUCAUUUCCUCUGCCAAAUUUCUGUGUGGGACGGUGAAUGAUUUUGUGGCGGAGGUGGGGAAGGCGUACGAGAGAGCCACGGAGAACAAGGAGGAGGCAGAUGCCAUGGCAAAGAAGUGUGCGCUGCUCAACGAGAAGCUCGAUUCCCUCGUCAAGGCCUUAAGUGAGGAAGCUGAAGCCCAGGUGGUGCCGGCGGGUACGGUGCCGAGCCAGGAGAGCGGUGGCUCGAGCCACGAUGAAAGUGGCAGUGAGCCGGGAUCGGAGGACAAAACGUACCGGUCCAAAGAGCAGCUGAUGCUCAGGGCGAACAGUCUGAAGAAGGCGCUCAGGCAGAUCAUCGAGCAGGCCGAGAAAGUUCACCGGUUGUCUAUCAUCAUGUCAGUGGUUGACGAGCAGAACCGGCACACACAGGUCCAAAGGAUGUCGUCUUCAUCCUCCAUCAAAAGAGAAAACAGCGAGGAGCUGAAGGACGCCGAGCCACGUCAAGGAAGUUUGAGUCCCACCUCUCCCAUCGUCCUGGAGAAGCCAGAGAGCCUCAACACUGUCACCUUCAGCGAGGACUCUGUACAGUGCUCAGAGAAGUGUGUGAUGAACAACUACUUCGGCAUCGGCCUGGAUGCCAAAAUCUCCCUCGAGUUCAACAACAAAAGAGACGAGCACCCGAAAAAAUGCAGUAGUCGCACCAAGAACAUGAUGUGGUACGGAGUCCUGGGGACCAAAGAGCUGGUCCAGAAGACGUACAAGAACCUAGAGCAGAGAGUUCAGCUGGAGUGUGACGGGGUUCCCAUGUCUCUGCCGAGUCUGCAGGGCUUGGCUGUCCUCAACAUCCCCAGCUAUGCAGGCGGUAUCAACUUCUGGGGAGGCACCAAAGAGGACAAUAACUUUGGAGCUCCGUCUUUUGAUGAUAAGAAGCUGGAGGUGGUGGCGGUGUUCGGCAGCAUGCAGAUGGCCGUGUCCAGAGUCAUAAACCUGCAGCACCAUCGCAUUGCACAGUGCCGCCAGGUGAAGAUCACCAUCCUGGGGGAGGAGGGGGUUCCUGUGCAGGUGGACGGAGAGGCCUGGAUACAGCCGCCCGGCAUCGUCAAGAUCAUCCACAAGAACCGCGCUCAGAUGCUCACGAGAGACCGGGCGUUUGAGAGCACGCUGAAGUCGUGGGAGGACAAGAGGAAGAUCGACAGCUACCGCGCCAGCAGGCCCCGCCUUAACUCCCAGCAGUCCAUGGAGUACCUGACCGAGGAGGAGUGCGCCCAGGUUCAGCAGCUAGGCAUCGUGGCCGACACGCUGAUCAACAAAAUCCGCGAGGCGGCCAAGACACACAAGCUGGUGGAGCAGGAGUUGGCUCACGCAGUCAACGCCACUGCCCUGGUGCUCACAGAGGCCAAACUGUCCAGCCCCGAGUGUCUGAGUCGCAGCACUGCAGUGGAAAUUGUUAACAGCAGUAAAGUCCUCCAGGCUGAGACCAGGAUGCUGCUCGAUGGAAAACUACUGUCGGAGUCUCCAGAGCGAGAGGAGCUUCGCUUGACUUUGAACAGCCUCAGCGCCGAGCUUCACAAGCUGGAUGACAUCCACUGGAUCUGCCCGCUCAUGCAGUGCACCGAGGAGGACUCAGUGAGGAGCAGCACUAAGAGCAGCAGCAGUAUGAAGCUUAAGAUCAUACCUAAGGGGAAGAAGGAGAGAGAGAAGCUCCACAAGCAGAAGUCCAACAGUUCUCUCUCAGGAACCUGGGAUAUCAAAGGUGGGACCACUGAGGCAGAUUCUUCAGGCAACUGAAGUCCUGUUAGAGGUGCUUUAUUACCGACCCCGUUACCCUGAAAACCAGGUGUGAGGAGCGCCCCUCCUACCCUUACCUCUAAUCUAAUGCCCAUUGGCUUGAGAGAGGUGUUUCCUCCCACUAUAGGAUUUAUUUUAUUUUACGUGGGUUGAGGGGGGGAUUUUAUUUUUCCUCCCCGUUUCUGUUGAAUUUUUUUCCAAAGGGCCCUGGCUUUGCAUCGCAUUGCUUCACCACUGGCGCUCUGCUUCUGGUUUGGUAGAUGUGGCCAGCAGCGAAUUAAACUGAAAUCAAGGCAGGCGUGGAGCAACAACGUCCUUCCUGGCUUAUGGUUUUUUUUGUUUUUUGUUUUUUUUCGUGACCAAGAAAUGUGUUUACGUGGUGCUCUCCUUGCAUGUUGAGUUCAGCCAUAUUAUUUUAUAUGUACAAUCAUAAGUUGUUACAAUCUUUUAACUUUAAUUGUUUUAUUUCGAAACUUCUUGAAUCGCCUUUAGACGUUGAUUAAGACUGAGUAUUUAUUCCGUGAUGCUACUGCUAUGAGAACUCCGACGCAACAAAUCAACAAAAUGAACAAACUGAAACAUCUCGACCUUACUGUCUACUGAACUGGAGAUUCUCUUAUAUGUUGCAAAAAAUAUAUAUAUACUGAGGAAUGUACUUGUGUGGACUUGUACUAACCUGUGAAUAAUGAUGAUGUUAAAUGAUAAAUCGUAUAUGAUUUUACAGAGGUUCUAUUGUUGUGGUUUUAAAGUGGUUCUUAAUAGGCUGUUGUGUGGCUUGUGUGGUCCGAGGCUAUGCAGCCACGCUGCAAAAAGAAAAAAAAACUUUACUGUGAGUCAUUUCAUCUGGCAUUCAGCCCUGUGAAAAGAUCCGACUGUGGGAUUUUUAAAGUACGUUCUUUUGGUUAUUAUUGAGGUCUAAAAUGUGGCUUAUGUGGGAGUUAAAUAUUUCUUCCCACUGUGCAGUUUUUCAGUUCUGUGAACCACUAUGAGGCACAGUACCAGAUGAAGUGACUCGAUAAGAGCAGAUAUUUUUGGUGGCGUCUGGUAAAUGCGUUUACAGAAGGAGGAAGCAUCAAGGAUGCACACAAACAAAACAUUACAGCUACUCAGUGUGUUACUAAUACUUUGCCAUAUUCAUGAUUGUAUAUGUAAUAUAAGAGUCAGUGGAUAUUUGACUUUGCCUUGUUGUGGUUAAAAGCUAUUAUUAUUAUUGUUAUUAACAUUACAAAAUGUAUAUCUAUUUUUUUGUAUAUCUUAUUUUCCCAAUGGUAACCUGUGAAGCUGUUCUGGCUUUGCUGCUUCCCCCUUUGACAAACUCUUUGGCCACCAUGCAUAUAAUCAAGCCAAUUACUAUUGUUAUGUGUGUCCCCGCAUGCAUACUUAGCCUUCGCCUCACAGUGGAUAUUGCCUCAUGAAAAUGAUUUUUUCUUUAAAUGUAAAUUUUUUAUUUUACGUGUUUGUUCAGACCAGCAACAUUUGUGAAUGUUACUUUUGUUUUAAACCAGGCUGGUUGGAGUUUAACUGAAAAGCAGGAGUUAGUUUAGCAAAAAAAAAAAAGACAAACCACUUACUUACAUACUUACACCCUGCGUAUUGUAAAUUUUGUCAAGCCGUGUAUCAAUAGUGUAUUAUUUGAGUACCUAAAUUGUUGUUCUGCUGUUUGGAAAUCCCUGAAAUCGAAAAUUGUUCCUUCACAAUACUCCAGAAACUUGUUAACUCGUUUACUGUUUGUUUUUUUCCUUCUUUUCCUACUAGCCUAAAAGUGAAAUACACGAUCCAACAACACGCACAUAAAAAAAUUAAUAAUAAAUGUGAGGGAAAUCUGUUUUGUUUGAAAAGAGAAUGGCCAAAUGUUGGAAUAUCAGAGUUUUAAACCACCAAAUACUCAUAUCAAUUACAGCAUAAAAAAUCCUAUAAUCAUUUCAACCCACAAGUAUUUCUGUGCAACUAGGAAUUGCAGUAAUAUUCAAGCCGACUGGUCCUGUACAUCCCUACUAGAGACGGUGGCAAUGGAUCCGAUAAUUGCUACUCAAACAGUUGUUAAGCAAUCAAAUCCAACUUUUGGCAGGAUUUGACAUCUUCCUUUAUACAUCUUUUUUCAGAAGCAAAGCUAAAUUUGUAAACAAUAAUAAAACAUUCCUCUUGCCUAGCAAAAAAGUAAAUUUCAUAAAAUUUUUGCUAUCAGCAUAUAAUAAAGAACAUUCACUAGCUAACCUUUACCUAAGUUUUAAUGUUACAGUACAAGUUAGCUAUACUUUUUUUUUCUUUACACUCACAUUUUCACAUUUAUUGGCCUGAACUACACCAUGAGACAUAGUUACUGCCAAGUGUUUGAUUGUCAGAAUGUAAGAAGUAAGAAAAUUAAAACAAAAUGAAAUACUAGCUAGUUUUAGCUAAUACUAGCUUUUCAAGCUAGCAAUAUGACGCAGUGGUUGUUAGAUGUUUUUUCAUAAGAAGCCUACAUAAUCUUAAUUUAUAACUAAACUGCUUUGAAAACUAGAAAAGGGACAGAAAUGUACAUUCACAAUCUCACUUUGACUCAGGUCUGUUAAAAUAAAGUUGUUUGUGCAUCAGCUUUGCUUCAUUUACACAGAAGUGCUCGGUUGUUGAGUUCGGACAUCAUUUUCCACAUUUAUCAAACUAAUCCUUUACCAGACAGAAUAACUGUGAGGCGUUGUAGAUGUAGGAUUGUGCUACUGUAUCCAUAGUGUGCCAGCUUACGCUCUACACCUUAGAGGCUUUCGUGGUGUUGUGCCAAGUUUGUACUUUUGUGGGUUAUGAGACAUACAAUAACGUGCGCGUGAUUGAGCGAUGGCGCUCACAUGCACUUGAGAUGCAGGAGUUGUUGUAUGUCAUAUAUUUCAAAGUUUACUGUAUCUUGCCUUGCACUUUAUCAAGAGGUUAACUUGAUUGGGGGGUAAUCACGUGUACGUGUGUGUGUGUGUACGCUAAGAUUUCACGUGUUUACAGGGUUGUUUUUUUUUAAUCGAUGAAUGAAAUCUUUAUUUAUGAAAAAUGUAUACGGACAUAAGUGUUUCGAUAAAGUGUGAUAUAUGUAACCUAUCACAAAAAAAUAUGAAUAUAUGGAGCUGUAUACACAAAUGUUUAUUACAUUCGUGGCGGUACAAUUACUCCAACAGCAGCUCGACACCAUUUGACACCAAUGUUAUUCGUGAUUGUGUCAUUCUACUAUCACAGCGAUGUCAUCUAAACAUCCUUAGCCCAAUUGGUACGCUAUCCCAAAGAAGAAGGAAAAAAAAGAAAAAAGUAAUACUAAUUUCAAACCAAAGUUAUUUAAAAUGUAAUCCAGUGUUAUUUACAAACUACUAACACAAAGAAGUUGUUCAGCUUGUGUUGAGCCUUUUUUUGGGGGGGGGUUGAAAUUUUUGUGUAUAGUUUUUGAUUUGGUUUGUGUUGUGCUGAAAAUUACUGCAAAGAUGUUGGGGAACAUAAUAUAUGGAAGCCAUUUUGGGACAAGUAAUUGCUUAUUUAUUGCUCUUUUAAUUAAAUAUCUCCUAGUUUUGUUUUUUCUUUUAUAGGGUUUGUUUUUUUUUUUAAUUUUCUGAUGUCGCAAACUGAAACUCUUCCCAAGGAGUUACGUGAAGCUGAAAAGAAAAAUGCUAGCAAAGGAACUUAAAUGAAUCCACAGAUUACAAACACUGCCAUGUUUGUGCAACAGUAUUCCAUAGAUGACAUUUGUGAACGCACCCCUGAUUCUGAGCAGCCUAUAUAUUGAGACAGUGCUGGAAGCCAGACUAGAUGUUGCACGACCUUGUACGUUGCGAGGUGUUUUAUUGUGUUAUCAUGUGCAGUUUGUAACAAAGACAAAGUCAGUGCAACCCUCUGGAGAUUAAAUGAAUUAUUGAAGUGUGAA